UCGAUCUGCUCCGGAAGCGGAAGGGGCAUUAGCAAGAUGGCGGCGGCGGCAGCCGAGGCGGCGCCGGCAGGAGCCGGCUCCGAGUCUCCGGCCCCGCCGGUGUGCGUGCUGGUGCUGGGCAUGGCGGGCUCUGGGAAAACCACCCUGGUGCAGCGGCUCACUGCUCAUUUGCACAGCCAGAAUUCCCCGCCCUACGUCAUCAACCUGGACCCCGCUGUGCACGAGCUCCCCUUUCCAGCCAACAUCGAUAUCAGAGACACAGUGAAGUACAAAGAAGUCAUGAAACAAUAUGGUCUGGGCCCAAAUGGUGGAAUAGUGACUUCUCUCAAUCUCUUUGCCACAAGAUUUGAUCAGGUGAUGAAGUUUAUUGAAAAGCGACAGAACACAUCUCAAUAUGUUCUUAUUGAUACACCAGGACAGAUUGAGGUGUUCACCUGGUCGGCCUCAGGCACUAUCAUCACUGAGGCACUGGCUUCCACUUUUCCUUCAGUUGUCGUUUAUGUGAUGGACACAUCUCGCAGCACCAGCCCUAUCACCUUUAUGUCUAACAUGUUGUAUGCUUGCAGUAUCCUGUACAAAACAAAACUACCUUUUAUUUUGGCCAUGAACAAGACAGAUAUCAUUGAUCACAGUUUUGCAGUAGAAUGGAUGCAGGAUUUUGAGAUCUUCCAAGAUGCCUUGAAUCAAGAGACAACAUAUGUUAGUAACCUGACUCGUUCCAUGAGCCUGGUGUUGGAUGAGUUUUACAGCUCACUCAAGGUGGUUGGUGUUUCUGCCGUGCUGGGUACAGGACUGGAUGAAUUUUUUGUGAAAGUCUCUGAAGCUGUAGAUGAAUAUGAGAGGGAGUAUCGUCCAGAAUAUGAGCGUCUGAGAAAAUCAUUGGCGAAAGCCCAGAGCAAGCAGCAAAAAGAGCAGCUGGAACGUUUGCAGAAAGACAUGGGCUCUGUGGCUAUGGAGAGCAACCCACUUGCAGAUUCUUCUGACACUUCUGCAUUGGGCCCCUCUGACUUGAUCAUGACACGAGGCACUUUGGAUGAGGAAGAUGAAGAAAGAGAGAGUGAUACUGAUGAUAUUGACCAUCAAGUCACUGAGGAAAGCCACGAAGAACCAGCCUUCAGAAACUUCAUGCAGGAAACAAGGAUGAAGUACCAGAAUAGAAGCAGCCACUAAGAGAGACUUUCAGAAGCAAAGCGCUGCAAACCCUUCGACUGGCAAGAACAGCAAGAGCAAACUGUCCACCACCUUCUGUUCUGUGAAGACACCAGUGCAGCCUUGUAUGCAAUCUAACUUCUGUGAAGCACUUUCUCUGAUACUUAAAUAUCUGUACUUGCAAAAUCAGUUGGUUACUGUGAGCUGGAGUUCUGACUUCAGGUGUUUAACCUUUUGCCAUUGUGACUUUGAAAACAAAAUAAGGAUUGCGCUUUUCCCUUUUCUCCAACUAGUUUUGCUCUGCCUUGUUGGGAACUUGAAUUCCUGGUGUGUCAGCAUUAUUGUCUGGAGUUUUGGUCCACCCCUGGGAGUUCAACACCAUCCCCACAUUCAAAGCUCAUGGUUUCUCUUGGGCGCAGGGGAUGGGUGAGACCUCUGCUGGAAGGCUCUUCUGAGAAUUGUCUCCAUUUAGUUAUGGUGGUGGCUCAAAUUAAGAGGGUUGGGGCAAUAGUCUUGUGUGAUAACAGCCAGAGCCUCAAUUUUAAAUAUAUUCCCUAUUAAAUUCUGCAGCUAAAAUUUGAUCAGAGGCUAGAAAGGUCUUUUCAGGGACUUGUUUCUGAAUGGAGUUUUCUCUGAGUGACUGAAACAGGGUAACUGAAAUGUCACUGCAAUCCCAUGUUUGACAUUUUAUUUUGUUCUGUAAUUUAUUAUAAAGUAUUUUUUGCUAUUGACAAA